AUGUUUCUUGAGACCAUAAGGCUUCCUGGGAAUUCCCAGCUGGUUUGGGCGGAUGCUGUCUGCAUUGACCAGCAGAAUCUUGGCGAACGCGAUCAGCAAGUCAAACUUAUGGGAAGUAUAUAUUCCCAAGCUCAGAUGGUGUUAAUUUGGCUAGGUCCAAAUGAUCAUGAGGAUACUGAGCGAGCAAGAGCUUUGAUAGAUCAUAUGACCACCUACAGGAUGCGCGAUCAAGAGACGCCUCCUACACUUCAAGAGGCCCGUGAUUAUUUCACGAUGAUUGAGCGCCCCUUGUGGAAUGCCUUUGCCGGAAUCCUUCGUCGGCCUUGGUUUGAACGAGUGUGGGUGAUUCAGGAGGCCGCAAAUGCUUCGAAGGGUCUGUUCAUUGUCGGUGAUCAAACGUUUUUGCUUGAUGAGUUUUACUUGGCCGCAGACACUCUCUUACAUUAUCACCUGGGAGGGCUUCUUCAAUUUGAAGGGCCAAUUCAAGGCCCAGAAUCACUGGUCUGCAUGAACCACAUUAAAAGGCAUAUCUUGACUGAAAGCGAGCAUGAAUUACUCGGAGCACUAAUUCUCACACGACCAUUCAAUGCUACAAACCCAAAGGACAAAUUAUUCGGUAUCUUGGGGCUUAUCCACGAUGGGUCUGUUCCAGGACUGCAGGUCGACAAUUCGAUGAGUGUUACACAGAUCUAUCAAAAUAUAAGUCUAUAUUUUCUCUUUUCGGUUGGCAGCCUGAGGAUCUUAUCAAGCGUGUGUACCGUGCCGCAAAACCAUCCCAUUCAGACUCCAAGUUGGGUCCCCAAUUGGAGCUUCAAAGGGGAAGGAGGCUCAUACACACGGAACAAACAUUACUACCGUGCAACGAGAAACACUAAACCAGAAAUUUGGGCCUCCUCCGCCGACAACAACCUGGUGUUGAAAGGAAAUUUCGUUGACAAAGUCAAUCGUUUCAGUCUCUUUCAGAACCUCACCCCACCCACACUCACCGCCGAAGAUGGAAACAUAGAUUUUGCCGGGCCUCUCAUACUACAAAAGGCCCAACGAAUAAAUCAAUAUUAUGUCUUAGCGUUGGGAAACACAGAUGGACUGUCGGAGAUCUCGUCGGGAGCCUAUGACAAUUUUUUACGUACUCUGAUCUGCAAUAGAACAAUGGAAGGAAUAGAGCCGACUCCGGCUUUCAUAGCUCGGGUGCAAUCAUUUGUACAGAACACUCAAUCCCUCCUGCUUCUCGACGACUGGACAGAAUGGUAUCGAUAUCUCUAA